UUCUUUGUGAGGUUUAACCAUAUGACAAGAAUCUUUCCCACGUAGAGUUAGCUCCACAUCCACAUCCACAUCCACAUCCACAGCUCAACCUCAUCAUGCUAUUUAAUUUCAUGGGCACAUAGGAAUAGUACUUCUCUUUCUUUAUCUUUAUAUAUAUUUACUAUUAAUUUCUUCAAGCGUCUCUAUUCCGAUAAACCGGAUCAGAUUUCUCAGUUUUCCAAAACUAACAACGUUUCAAAUUUCAAGAUUUUUUUUUGGAACUCCUUCUUUUUGAUCAUCUAAUGCCAAUCCUUACCCAUAUGAUCUAGUUUUCAUCAAAUAUCAUAAAUUUGAUCAAAAAGCUUCUUUCGCUCUAUUUGGAAGGUGACAAUUUUGUCCAUCCUUUAUGUGGUGAAAAAUCUGUUACUUAAUUUUAUUUUUUUUAUUUUGUCAAAACGAUUUUUAAGUUCGUUUCUUUCUUUUUCUUUUUUUGUCAAAUUAAAAUUCAGGAAAAAUUAUUGGAGAUGCCCCAAAUAAGUCUAUCCUUCUAGUUUUAUCAACUGUAUGCACGAUCGAUAUUCAUUAUGUCAGAUUAAAAUUCUGCGUCCGUCCUUGUAAUAUAGAAUUUAUAUAUAUAUAUAUAUAUAGAGAGAGAGAGAGAGAGAGAGAGAGAGAGAGAGAGAGAGAUGGAGGGGGGAGGGGGGAAGAGGUCGAGGAGUGAGAGGCCGUACAAGGGAAUAAGGAUGAGGAAGUGGGGGAAGUGGGUGGCAGAAAUAAGAGAACCCAACAAGCGUUCAAGGAUAUGGCUGGGAUCCUACUCCACCCCCGUGGCGGCGGCGAGGGCUUACGACACCGCCGUCUACCACCUUAGGGGGCCCACGGCGAGGCUUAAUUUUCCGGACCUUGUCGGUGAUGGUGGCGGCUGUGGUGGUGGUGGGGUCGAUGAUGACAUGUCGGCGGCUUCGAUAAGGAAGAAGGCGAUAGAGGUUGGGGCCAUGGUUGAUGCACUGGAGACUAGAACUGUUAUUAAUGAUCAAGAUCAUGCAACUGUACUAGUACCCUCUUCUGGAUUCAAAGCCUGUUGGUUUGAGGAGAAGCCCGACUUGAAUAAGAAGCCCGAACCCGAAGACCCGGAUGCAGCUGAUGACUGGUGAGUCCGCAUACCUAGUUGCAGGGUUUUAAAUCGCCCGUUAGGCAUCAAGAGACCUAACAGGCAAUAUGAGAUAGUAUCAAAUAUCAAUGAUACUAUAUAUUGGGUGAUAUUGAACAUGCACGAUUGGCCGAUUCAUUGGUUACUAUCGGUAUAAGAGGAAUUUUGAUGUUGAAAGUUCAAAAACCUGUCACGCGACCACCGAUACGAUAUGUAACGGCUUAUAUUUACAAUGGUAUCUAUAUAUUUAUAUAGAUGGAAGGAUGCAUCACUACUUCUAUUUGUUAACAAGAAGCAGAUUAGUUUGGAGCAAUUACUCUCUAUGUGAAUUCUUUUUGGCUCCUUUUUUAGACUUGUAAGUUAUGAGCCGAACCGAGUCGAGCUAUAUUUUGUAAAUCCAAGCUAUUUUUAGUUGUGGUAUAAUCUCACAGAAUUGGUUCCCUCUGA